AGGGGGCAUUCGUCCUUAUUUUAAGGUUCAUGCUACUUAUUACUUGCUUUGGAUCUCUGGUUGAAAAAAAAAGAGUCUAUUUGAUGCUGUGGUAUUCUGAAAUGAAAUGUUGCUUCAUACUUCAUUAUUUGAGUACUAGGUGCACGUGUGAAGAAUAAUUUUGAUAUCAUUGGAAUAUAUAUUCAGGACGUUCUGGAUCAAGCUGUUGAAAUAAGUUCAAUGGAUCUGAAGUGUUUGCAAAGAUUAGCAUUGUGCAGAUUUGCAUAUUGGAUAUAGUAUUGGUGUUGCAUCAUGAAAGACUGAAGGUUUGAACUCUCCAUCCAAAUAGUAGCAGAGAAUAUUUUGGGGGGGUUUGAGUGUAACAAUUUAUAGGAAAACUUGUAUUUAUUUUUUUUCCUUUCUCAUCAACAUUGCAAUGAAUUGGUAUUAAUCCUGAAUAUGGACUGUGGCAUAGAUCUGUGACACUAUUUUUACAAUAAAGAUACAGAAAUGAAGAAAUUAAUCAGAAUGUAUAACUAUAUACAUUUUUGGCUGUUUCCUUUAAUUCUAAUUUGCCUGGGGCUUACUCAAAAUGUUCUGUCAUGUCCUCACCCAUGUGCUUGUUAUGUGAAAACGGAAGUCCAUUGCACCUUCCGAUCGCUAGCGACAGUACCAGGAAGAAUACCUAAACAUGUGGAAAGAAUCAAUUUGGGGUUCAACAGUAUUCAGUCCAUAGCUGAAAACUCAUUUGUAGGACUCUCAAAACUUGAAAUGCUACUGAUUCAUAGCAAUGAUGUCCACAAUGUUCCUAAUGGCGCUUUUAAAGAUCUUGUUUCAUUGCAGGUCUUCAAAAUGAGCUACAACAAACUGAACGUGGUCAGCAGCCAUACUUUUCACGGCCUUUCUAGUCUAACAAGGUUACAUGUUGACCACAAUAAAAUUGAAUUUAUUCACCCUAAUGCCUUUAAUGGUCUAGCUUCUUUACGACUUCUUCAUUUGGAAGGAAACUUAAUUCAACAGCUCCAUGCCAAUACAUUUUGUACUUUCAAUUUUUUAGAUCUUUUCAGACAGUCAACAUUAAAACACCUUUAUUUAUCAGAGAAUAACAUUAAAACUCUUCCCGCUGCCAUGAUGAAAACAAUGCCAUUGUUGGAAAGUCUUUAUCUCCAUGGGAACCCUUGGGAAUGUGAUUGUCGCUUAAAUUGGUUUCCUGAAUGGAACGAGAAAUUUAAUGGUGUAUUAAAAUGUAAGAAAGACCGGGCAUAUGAAAACGGACAACUUUGUGCAUUGUGCGUUUUUCCAAAACAAUUACAAAAUCAGGAAAUUCAGAGUAUAAAGGAUUUUACCUGCUCUAGUCCUAUUAUUUAUUCAUCUCUGAAAGCAAACAGCAGUGAUGUCAACACUGAAGAGAAAGACAAAGAGCUUGCUCAGUCAUAUGAAUCUGUUGUGGGAAAAAUCAUACUAAAUAUGACUGAUGAGCAUGGGAACAAAGUGAAUUUGGAUUGUGAAAUGAAAAAAACAAAUGACUUUAGCAAAAUCCAUUGGAGUCAACCUCAUCCAGAAGAAAUUGAUAUUAAUGCCACAUUUGCUCUUGAUUUAGAAUGUCCAAUGAAUAGAGAGAACUAUGAAAAAUUAUGGAAGCUUAUAGCAUAUUAUAGUGAAGUGCCAGCUAAAUUGGAAAAAGAACUUAUUUUCAGCACAGAUCCAAAAGUGACUUACAGGUAUAGACAGAACAUGGAUCAUGAUUCAUAUUAUUAUACUGGUGUUAAAGCGCUGAUAAUUGCUGACCCAUCAUGGGUAAUGCAGUCAUUUAUCAGCCUCCAGCUGAACAGAAAGAAGAGCACGGCUAGGAAAGUAACUCUAUCUUUCAGCACACAAUAUUCACAGUCUGUUCAUACCAAAGAAAUUCGGUAUCCAAGAAAUAAUUGGGUAAUGAUAGACAAAAAUGAAAAAACAAAGACAUCAAUUAGUGUUGUUAAAGGGGAAGUUUGUCAAUUGAUAUGCAAUGUAAAGUCUUCUGAAACUCCUUCUAUAGAGUGGAGUCUACCAGAUGGAACAAAGUUAAAAGCACCAUAUAGUAGCCUGGAUGGCAGGUUUUCAAUAUCAACAAAUGGUCAUUUAGUUAUUAAAAUGGUAGACAUCACUGAUUCUGGAGAGUAUCACUGCAUAGCUCAAGUAAAACAUGAAACUGAUAUACUGGUGUUUAGAGUUGAAGUACAACCACCUGUAAGUGAAGUAUCUCAAACAAAUAUGAAGGUUAUUUCUAAAAGUGUUGGCGAACCCAUAACUUUGGAUUGUAAUGUAUUUGCAAAUCCUGAUGCAGAUGUACACUGGAUUUUACCUAACAACAAUGUUAUUGACUCAUAUGCAAAUAAAACGAGUGCUUAUUUUUUAAAUAAUGGUUCGUUAAAGGUUUUGGACAGUAAACUUACUGAUGGUGGUAUCUACAGAUGCAUAGCUAUCAACCAAUACGGUACAGACCUUUAUAGUUUGCAAGUGGCUAUACACAGAAAAGGUUCAGAUCAGGUGUCACAACCAUCAAAAAUUAAAAAGCGACCAGUUAUAGUGUUAUCAGCAAGACCAAAGCACAAUGUGAUAGAUGAUGAUGGUGGAUCUGGUGAAAAAAAUACACAAGAAGAAGCAGAUAUAUAUAGUACUAAGGAAAAAGCAAGACUUAGCAAAAAUAAAAGUUCUCAUAUUUAUAGAAAUAAUGGCAAACAAGCCAGAAAAGAGAGAAGGAAAAUGAAAACACAGAAAAAUGUUGAAAUUAUUAAAGGAAGCAAUAUUGCAGAAGGUCGAAGGAAAUUUGAAUCUAGAAGGAGAAUUAAUAUGGGCAACAAUAAAAUUGAUCCAAAACAAUGGGCUAACAUUUUAGCAAAGGUCAGAGGGAAAAAUAUUCAAAAAACUACUGAUUCUUCUCCAUUGAUGACAACAAAAGCAACCACUAAACCCACAUUAAAAAAGAAAACCCCGCCUUCUAUUGCUAGACCACCACUUGACCCAUCAAAAGAAUCAGAAAUUAUUGAGGAAGAAGCAUCAGCAGAUGGGUCUCACAUUAAUGAAGAUGAAUUAUUAAUUGUUACCUAUUCGCCACAAAUAACUGUAACACAUAAUUCCCAGGAUGUACCAUCAUUACCUAAAACUGAAGAGAAAAUAAGUGAUGAUGCACUUGAAAAAAACAAUGAAGAAUCAUUCACUAUACAAUCGCCUGGACCAUUGUUAUCAUUAGGUACAUCAAAUCCUAAAAUUUCUACUCUUGACGAAGAUGUUUCUGUUUAUUCAGCCAAAGAAGAGGAAAUUGAAAGCUCAUCAACUGAGUUGGAAGAUAAAGGUAUGAUGGAAUCUAUAAUCAACACUGUUAACACAGAUAGAGCAUAUCAAACUUCAGUGCCUAUCACAAAAGGUCAGUACUUUGUGGAUUAUUCUACAAUUAAAGUGAACAAAAUCAUUCCUGCAGUCAAUACAAUGGAUAUGGUUGAUUUAAAUGAAGUGGAAAGUUAUUCAACUGAAAUGGCUACAGUUCACAUUGAUGAAACAACCCAAUAUUCUGCAGUAAAAACUGUUACAAAAUCUCCAUCACCAUAUGAUUUUAUACAGUCAAGUAUUGCAGAAAAUAUUGAGAAUCAAUUCAUGCAACACUCAACAGGCACAAACUACAAAACCACUUUACAAAGUAAUGCCUUCUUUACAUGGGCAGAUCAUGCAUUUAUGCCUUCUACAACAACCAGAGAGUAUGGAACUACCACUACUAUAAAAAACUAUGAACAAAACAUGCAUAACAGAAUGGAAAGUAUGAUACCCAAAGCAAAUGUUAUUCCCACACCAAUUGACACUCCACCUGUUAUUGAUCCAUCAGUCCCUACUACAAAUGUACCUAUUACAGAUGACAUGAAUCCUUCUAUUAAUGGUUUAGGUACAACAAAGUACAAAGAGGAGUAUGCUGAAAAAACAGAAUCUUUUAACAGUGAUAUUAAUGAAAAGAGCAUUGUUUCAUUUAAUAAUAUAAAUACUAAUAAGGGAUAUAGAAUUAACAAAGUCAGUGCAAUCACUUUUAAAGGCGUUACAACAAAACCUUAUGGUUUUUUUACAUCAGCAGAAAAUGCAAUGGUACCUACAACUGAUCCUCAUAAACUGACCAGUCUUAGUCCUAAACAGGAAAUAUCAACUUUUAUAAAUACCCAUAGAAAGUUUACCACUCCCUUAUAUCCAGCAAAAAACAACAAUCAGUAUCCAAGACGAAGACCAAAUGGAAGAAGAAGAAUUAGACCAAAUCGUUUUAGACAUCGCCAAAAUCAAGUUGUCCCUACUCUUCCUGGUACAAUACAAGCAAAUAUUGAAACUGUUAUUCAGAAACCUAAAGAAUCAGUCUCAGAAGGAAAGACACCCAUUAAGACACAUUUUUCACAAACCCAAUUCAGUGAUAGAAUAUUUUAUCCCACUACAAAUAAUGCUAUUUUUUCAACAACUACUUUAUCCCCUGUAACCAAAUUAACUACUAACCCUGCUAGAAUGUUGGCAUUGCCACCUACAAUAUCAACAACAGAAACUACAAAUAAAUAUAGCACUGGGCACACAACACAACUCUAUACAUUAAAGACUGCCAUGAAGAAUAAUGACAUAACAAUAUAUAAUGUACAAACAACUGAACCUCAGGAUAAAACAUUUUUUGAGAAGGGAGAACCUGCUGCAAGUACCACUAUUGAUGAAAAUAAGUUGACUCCUGGAAAGAAAAUUACACUUCCCUCUUGGGACAUAUAUACAGAAUAUGGUACCAGGCAUCAGCAAGAGAGUACAGAUAGAUUACAUUCAGAAACAGAACAAACAGACAAUACAGAACAAGCAGCUGUAACUGAGAAAAUAGUAUCUCUAACUGAUCCUAUGAGCACAACCAAUAGCAUUCUUAAAGAUGUCAGCUACACACAGAAUAUUUUACCAGCAAUAACUACAACAAAACAACCAGCCAUAACUACUGUUCCGUGGCACCACACAAGAGAAACCACUACCAUAGCUAACAGUAAAAGAAAUAUGCUUUAUGAAGCAACAGAAAUUGAUGAUAUGGAGACUACCUCUUUAGAAAAUAAAAAUACAUUGUUUGUUUAUGAAGGAAAGAAAGAAGGCACAACAAGGCUGAUUGAAUAUAUGAAAAGAAAUGACCCUGUAAGAAUUAUGCCAGAAACUACAGUCACAAAGAAAAGUAUAACAACACCAGUAGAAUAUACAGUUAGGCCUAAGCCUGUUAAACCUAUUCCAGUUGCACCUGUAACAAAGAAAAGUACUACAAAUCUAGUUGAGUAUACAAUAAGGCCUCAAACAAAUAAACCAAUUCUAGUAAUUCCAGUGACAAAGAAAAGUACAACACAUUUAGUUGAUUAUACAAUAAGUCCUCAAACCGCUAAACCAAAACCAGAAACUUUAGUGACAAAGAAAAGUAUUACAAAUUUCGCUGAGUAUACAAUAAGGCCAGAACCUGCUAAACCUAUACCAGUAGCUCCUGUAGUAAAGGAAAGUUCUACAAAUGAAUACACAAUAAAGCAAUUACCUGCUAAAGCUAUGCCGCUAACAACACCUUUUUAUUCAACCACUACAGGCACACAGAGUUUCUUAUUCCACACUACUAAAGGGCUAAAAGAACAAGUUGAAUUAAUAAAUCAAGUGGAACCAACAAAAGCUUCAAGAUUCAUGCAAACAAGUAUUCCCUCUCCAAAACAAAAUGACCUGGAGCAUAUUUCUUUAAAUCAAAACGGAAUGUUUAUAAAGCAAAAACAAGAUAAUUUGAAGGACACAUUUUCUGCAAAAUCAAACAAUAGUCUCUAUUACAAUACAAGAUUUCGCCAUCAGCCUCGAUUAACACAGAACAAUCAACACCAUUCAGCUAUUCAACGUCAUUACAAUCCAUUUAGAGGUACCAUGAGAACACCUUAUUUUGGAUCACAUGGGCCCUUGCGCUAUUUUAUUACAAAUCCACCAAUUUCAAUGACAAAUAAACCAGAAAUUACAGCAUAUACAGCACAGAGUUUUCAAGAGAGAAAAACAAACACACCUCAGAUAUCCACAACUACUCCUACAACAACCACCACCACUACAGUAAUACCAUUAUUUAGACCAAAACCAAUUACUCCAAGCAGAUUUAAUCAACAGGGACAAAGAAUCCCAACUAGAUCAUUUGGAAACAAUUUGAUUACCGAAGGUAAACAUAUUCCGGCAAGAAUUCCUUAUCAAGGAAAUCCAUACUACAUGAAUCCAAGAAUUCAAUACCGGUUUAAUAGAACUAAAAACUAUUUUACAUUUACAUAUAAGCCAUUUAUUCCAACUCUUUUUGCUCCAUCUGGUAAUAAAGACAGUGCAAGAGAUUCCUUUUCAAAGACAACAACAUCAAGUGCUAUUAUAAGAGCUACAGACCCUCUUGUCCAUCUAUCAACAACAACUCUAGGGACAACUACAAAAAAUUCCUUUACAAAACAACCUAAUAUUACAACUCCUUCUUAUACCAUGCAAGCCCUUAUCCCUCCUCCAAGCACUUCCAUUCAAAACUGGAAUACUUAUCACCAUAAUCGCACACCACAAACUGGAACAAAUACACAAUAUUCCAAAGUGAGAAAUUCUAAUGUUCUUCAACCUCCCGAAAAUAUUAGACCUCAGAGCAGUAAGCCAAAGAUAACAACCACUGAUUUUCAAUCAUUAUCUGUCCCAUUUGAAAUGGAUGCUGUUUUUCCAUGUGAAGCUGUUGGUGAACCAAAGCCAGUCAUUACUUGGACAAAAAUUUCCACAGGUGCAGUCAUUUCAAAAAAUACAAGAAUGCAACGCUUUGAAGUCUUGGAGAAUGGCACGUUGCACAUCCAGAAUCUCCAGCUACAGGAUCGUGGACAAUAUCUGUGCGCAGCAGAAAACCAACUUGGUACUGAUAAGAUGCUUAUAACACUUACAGUUGUUGCCCAGCAACCUAAAAUAUUAGGCUCCCGUUAUAAAGAUGUUACAGUAUAUCUCGGGGACAUAGUUACAAUGGAUUGCAAUGCUAGUGGGGUUCCAUCUGCUCACAUUUCCUGGAUUCUUCCAGACAGAAAAAUAAUACGGACUGUUUCUGCUACAGAGGGACGAGUUAUGCUCUUCAAUAAUGGAACUUUGUCCAUCAAGGAUACAACCUUUACUGACAGAGGAAUAUUUAAGUGUGUUGCCAGCAAUGUAGCAGGAGCUGAUAGUUUGACUGUGAGAGUUCACAUAGCUGCAUUACCUCCUAUUAUUCAACAGGACAAAAUGGAAAACAUCUCCAUUCCUCAGAGCCAUAGCAUAUAUAUACAUUGUUCUGCCAAAGGAGCUCCAUUGCCCAGUAUACGCUGGGUACUACAUGAUGGCACACAAGUCCGCCCAUCACAACUUGCAAAUGGGAAUGUAUUUGUUUUUCCAAAUGGAACACUUUAUAUUCGUAAUAUUUCACCAAAAGAUAAUGGAAAAUAUGAGUGCAUCACAGUUAAUAUUGUGGGCACUGCUAGGAGAACAGUCAUACUUGAUGUCAAAAAGUAUUCAUCUAAUGCCAAAAUUACUGCAAGCUCGCCUCAGAAAACAGAUGUAAGUUAUGGCAGUACCCUGCGCUUAGACUGCUCUGCAGCUGGUGAUCCAUGGCCAAGAAUACUGUGGAGACUUCCUUCUAAACGCUUGGUGGAUUCAUUCUUCAGUUUUGAUGCCAGAAUCAAGACCUUUGCAAAUGGCACAUUGAUUAUCUAUUCUGUUACCGAAAAAGAUGCAGGAGACUAUUUAUGUAUGGCACGGAAUAAAAUUGGAGAUGAUUAUGUGGUGCUUAAAGUGAAUGUAAUGAUGAAACCAGCAAAAAUACAGUACAAAAAUGAAGUUGACCACAAGGUUAUAUAUGGUGGAGAUCUAAAAGUAGAUUGUAUAGCUACUGGAGUUCCAAACCCAGAAAUAUCAUGGAGUCUUCCUGAUGGAAGUAUGGUCAAUAAUGUUAUGCAGUCAGAUGAUAGUGGCACACGGACAAGAAGAUAUCUUGUUUUCAAUAAUGGAACUUUGUACUUCAAUGAAGUAGGAAUGAAAGAAGAAGGUGACUACACAUGUUAUGCAAUAAAUCAAAUUGGACAAGAUGAAAUGCGAGUCAGCGUGAAAGUGGUAGCAGAAAAGGCAAUAAUUAAAAAUAAGACAUAUUCUACUGUUAAUGUACCAUAUGGAGAUGUUGUCACAGUCCCAUGUGAAGCCAAAGGAGAGCCUGUUCCCAAAAUCACCUGGCUCUCUCCUGCAAAUAGGCCUAUACCUGCAUUAUCAGACAAGUAUCAAGUUUACAAAGAUGGGACUCUUCUUAUACAAAAGGCACAGCGAUCUGAUAGUGGAAACUACACAUGCUUAGCACAAAAUAAUGCUGGUGAAGACAAAAAGAUUGUCCAUAUACAAGUAAAUAUCCUACCACCUAAAAUCAAUGGAUAUUCUAAUAAAAUAGUCACUAUUAAAGAGAAUGCAAUGAAAGAUUCACACAUACAGAUUGACUGUAAAGCUGAAGGUAUACCUUCACCACGUGUUAUGUGGGUAUUUCCAGAAGGAGUCAUUCUUCCUGCACCUUACUAUGGUAACAGGAUUACUGUACAUCGCAAUGGUACCCUUGAGAUAAAAGUUUUAAGAAAAUCCGAUUCAGUACAGUUGGUGUGCAUUGGACGUAAUGAAGGUGGAGAAGCUAGGUUAAUUGUACAGCUGACAGUUUCUGAACCAGCAGUGAAGCCUGUAUUUCAUACAGAAAAUGAAAAUAUUGUUGUGGCUGAGGGCCAAGUGGUAAAUCUUAAUUGUUCUCCUGAGGGAAUACCUGAACCUAUGAAAAUAUGGAUUCUUCCAAAUGGAACAGAACUUCAAAGUGGCAAUCAUCUUCAUAGAUUUUACCAUAAACAGGAUGGCAUUUUGUAUAUUGGUACUGCAAGUAUAGCAGAUGCUGGAACAUAUCGUUGCAGAGCUACAAAUAUAGCUGGAUUUGCUGACAAGCUGGUCAAUUUGCAGAUUGGUCAUAAACCACAAAUGAAUAAUCGUUACAAUAACUUGGUGAGCAUAAUUAAUGGUGAGACUUUACAGCUUCACUGCACUACACAUGGAACUACACAUCCACAUAUCACUUGGACCUUACCUAGUGGUGUUGUUCUUGAUGGUCCCCAAUCUAAGGGACGUUUUUCUCUCUUGCAAAAUGGGACACUUGUAGUCCGGGAGACAUCUGUUUAUGACAGGGGAUCAUAUGUAUGCAAAGCAACAACUCAAUAUGGUUCUUCAACAAUGAACGUUCCUGUAAUCAUUAUAGCAUACCCCCCACGUAUAACCACUAGUCCAGCACCUGUUAUUUAUGCAAGACUUGGAAGUUCCAUUCAGUUAAACUGCAUGUCAAUUGGAAUACCUAAAGCUGAAAUAACAUGGGAACUACCAGAUAAAUCCCAUUUAACCGCUGGAGCUCAAUCUCGCUUAUAUGGAAACAAAUUUCUACAUCCUCAGGGGACAUUGGUCAUUCAGCAGCCAUCACAACGGGAUGUAGGAUACUACAAAUGCACAGCUAAAAACAUUCUUGGGAGUGACACAAAAACUACAUAUUUACAUAUAUAUUAAAUGCUUUAAUGCAGGUAAAAUGCCCAAGACUGCUACAGGAGUGCAAAGUAUACUGUGUCCUUAUUUGUAAAUUAACUUUUAUUUAAAUAAUUCUGUUGCUCAAAACCAUCAACUCCAAUAACGAGGUAUAUCUCCAAGAAUUACCUAAAAAAACAUAUUUAUCUUUAUACCACAAGAAAACCCAAAAUAUAAGUAAUAAUUGUGUGAAAUAAUUAUUUGCAUUAUCUGUUAGAUUUAAUAAUAACUAAAUCACAAAGGGACACAUCAAAUCCCUAUAAUUCAUUUUAUUGGAGCUUUUAAAUCCCUAUAAUUCAUUUUAUUGGAGCUUUUAAAUAUGUAUACAUUCAUUAAGAACAACCAGAGGCAGCUGUAUUAAUUUGUAUACUGAGGAGAACCCAAUUCAUUUUAUCAUUCUCUAUUAUUUCUCUCAACCUAAUUUGUUUAUAUGUAUUAAAAAUGACUCUCUUUUUAAGUCUAUCAUACUAUCAAAACAAUAAUCUUAUGAAUCAUAAUCCCUAAUAUAAAGUAAUAAAAGCAAUACAUUCUUCUUGUGGGACACCUCAUGUACCUGGAACCUUAACAUUUAUUUAAAAAAUAGCUGACUUUUUUUCAGACACUCACAUCUCACAGGGGGUUAGGGUUUUAAAAUUUGUUAGUGAAGAUUGCGACUGAUAGAACUAGCCAGGUCUGAAGAUAAUCUUGGAGUCUUCAGUAAUAAAGGGCUAUUUAUUAGAUGAAACGUUAAGAGCUAGCAUUAUAAAUUUAUUUUUUCUAAUCAUAUUUUUCCCUCCUUUAAGAUGGACCCAUCUCUGUCAAUCAAUGGUGCAAAUUGCAUUUUGUUUAAUGACCAUCCUAUAUACAAGAACAAUCUUGAUUGUGCUUGAUACCUAAAAUGAAAAACACUCACUGGCAAUUACCUGAAGGCAAAGGGAAGAUUGAAGUAAUUAAAAAUAAAAUGUAUUGUUAUAGGGAUUAAUGUACAAGAGUUUGAUCUUGUAUAAAACUUUAGCUGAGAUUACUUUCAUUGAAGAGUCCUCUAGUACUAUAAUAAUUAUUUAGAGAGAGCUAUAAGUGUAAAAAAAUAAAAUGAUCUGCUUUGUUACAUCAUUCUAAUAGUUUUCAUCAUUAAAAUAGUUUUUUCAGUGUGUGCAUAACCUUUUCAAAUUAGUUAGCUACAUAAUCAAAGUUACUCACCCAAUGAACUCCUGGGUAUCCCUGGGCAGGACAUGGAUUGUGAUUGGUGAAUAUACAUAUAUAUAAAUAUAUAUAUACAACUGAUUGGCUGACUGACUGUGUUCUUCUCAAGAGCAGCAGUGAGGUGCACCUAAGCACAAAACUUAAACUAUGUGUUUAACCCCUGCAGAGUGAAAAAGAUUCAUUUUUAAAAUAAGUUAUCUAUUUAUACACAUUUAUAUAAUUUUAAUGUCAUGUAAAGCAUUCUUUAAUUGCAACAAGUCUGACAUGAUGUGACUGGAUUUUGUAAAUGAUAGAAAAUAAUUUAUAUAAUUAUUGAACUUCUUUUCCUUAGUUUAAAGAUUUUACAUCAAUAUAAUCAAAUUCUGCUUAAUUUGAUGGGUCUAAUGGAGGAGAUUGUGAAACUUUAAGUGAUCUGCAAUACAGGGGCCGAUUUAACAAGCUGUCAAUCGGCCCUAAUGCAGCUGUUUCCGCGUAAGCCUUCAGGCUUGCCGGAAACAGCAGUUAAGAAGCAGCGGUUUUUAGACCGCUGCUCCUUAACUCGUACACCUUCUCUGAGGCUACGGACAUCAAUCCGCCAAAUCGUAUAUGAUCAGGUUGAUUGACACCCCCUGCUAGUGGCCAAUCUGCAGGGGGCAGCAUUGCAUAAGCAGUUCACCUGUCGGCAUUCAGCAAUGUCUGUCGGACAUGAUCCGCUGAGCAGAUAAUGUCAGACAGACACUUGAUAAAUUGGCCCCACAGUAUGACAUUGGCUUUAAAUGCACCUUACUACCAAAAAAGUAUUAAUUAUACAAAUAUGGCUGCAAUAUUAUGGGCUAGAUUACGAGUGGAGUGCAAAAUUGUGCUUUCACAAGCAAGAUAUUUGCACUCCACUCAGUAAUACCAGCGCAUGCAAAUGUGCGCUGGUAUUACAAGUUAAGUAUACACACAUAUUAACACAUACAAAUAUAUGUUUAUACUGUAAGCAUUUACAUAUAUAUUUCAAGUAAAAACAUAGUCCCCAUAGACAACAAUGUAAAGACACUUUUCAGUGCCCCACAUCACCUCACUUUCACUCCAUAUAACUGCUUCGUGCAAUUAUUCUUUUAUUUUUUUUUAAAAAAGAUGCUCAUAUAUUUAAUUAACCAGAGGUCAGAGCUUAAUUACAUUUAGUGAAAAGUGUUACCGCGAGCUCGCUGUAUCAUUAACCAGCCAGUUGUAAUGGCUGGCUAUUUAACAUGUGCCUGAAAAUGGGCAAAUUUCCCCCUUUAUGGGCGCACGUUAAAAUAGCUCUCCUAUUGUAAUCUAGCCCUAUGUGUUUUAAAAUGCAGUUAUCAUCAUUGUUAACGCAUUCUAUUCUUGAAUAUCUGUCUCGAGCUAUUCUGUUGUUCGCAAAAUUAUACAUAGUGAUUUUUCAGUGUGUUUUAGUCAAGCCAUCUCAUUUCAACCGGGAUUUAACUAAGGAAAAAGUUGUUACUCUGCAAACAGAUAAAGAAUGUCAGUGCUUCCUGUACAUUUUUAUAUAUUACUAAUCUUACCAUGAGACAAAAAAUACUAGAUCUGUCUCAUUUUCAUAAAUUAUUGGUCUUUAAAAGACUUUUGCUGCAAACUGUGUUUUAUAUUAUGACGAUCAUUGUACUGUACAUUUUAUAUUAAAUAAUAUUUUCCAAACAA